CUCUUCUUAUACUCUUAGGUGCCAUUCCGGGAAAGAACACGAAACGACGUGGGUUCUGUACUUGCUUCGGCAGUACAUAUCAGUACAUAAAAAUUGUACAUUAAAAUUGAAACAAUACGGAGAAAGUGGACUUUCGUUUAGUCUCCAAACACUCACAAGGCUGGUACCACUAAUAAAAGAAAUAAGGUGGGUGUCGAGGUGUAGUGUGGCCGAGUGUUUAAAGUGCGGAUUGCGGGGCGAUAACGACUGGACACGACGCACACGAAAUCUCGGACGAGGCCAGGUCGUCGACUACUCUGAAACAUGGCAGAGUAUCUCGAUUCCGAGGCGGACGUAAGCGAGGGUGAGGAGGAAUUGGAUCAGAACGAAAAGAAGAAGUUGAGGAAGCUGAAGGCGGUGGAGGAAAGUGAUGACGAGGAGGAAGAUGAUGAGGAUCAGUUGCGUGAAGAACUGAAAGAUUUGAUAGACGACAAUCCUAUAGAGGAAAGUGAGGGUGAAGACAGCGAUGGUUCUAAUCAUCAUAAGAAACGUAAGAAAAGUGACGACGAGGAUUUUGACGAUCGCUUAGAAGAUGAAGAUUAUGAUCUGAUUGAAGAAAAUUUAGGUGUUAAGCUUGAGAGAAAACGUUUUAAACGUCUUCGAAGGAUUCAAGAUGAGGAAUCAGAGGAGGAACAAGAAAAGGAAGCGGAUGAAGAAAGGGACGCCAUUGCCAACGAAUUGUUUGAAGGUUCUGGAGAUGAAAGGGAUAUUAUUACGGAGGAUGAAAGACGAAGUGAACGAAGCCAUAGACCAGAGGCGGAAACCUUCGAAGAAGGCAGUGAUGAAGGAGAAUAUACUGACGCGGAUGAUUUUAUUGUUGAUGAUGAUGGUAGACCUAUCGCAGAGAAAAGAAAGAAAAAGAAGCCAAUAUUUUCUGAUGCGGCGUUACAAGAAGCACAGGACAUUUUUGGUGUGGAUUUUGAUUAUGACGAAUUCGGCAAAUAUGGUGAGGAAGAUUAUGAGGAAGAAGAGGAGGAAGAAGAAGAUGAGUAUUUGGAUGAAGACGCUGAUACUGAACGGCCGCGUCGACCGAAGAAACAGCUAAAGAAGAAGACCACGAGGAAGAGUAUUUUUGAAAUUUACGAGCCCAGUGAAUUGAAACGCGGUCACUUUACUGAUAUGGAUAACGAGAUACGUAAUACGGAUAUACCAGAAAGAAUGCAACUUCGAUCCGUAGUGGUUACACCAGUUCCAGAAGGUUCUGAUGAACUGGAUCUCGAAGCAGAAUGGAUCUACAAGCAGGCGUUUUGUAAGCCUACAGUCUCUAUUCAGGAUGCCCAUUUGAAUGCCGAAGCUAAAGAACGAGCUCGAAAAGGACCACAGACUAUUGGCAAGAUUAAAAAAGCCUUGGACUUCAUGCGUAAUCAACAUUUUGAAGUCCCUUUUAUAUCCUUUUAUAGAAAGGAGUACGUGCUACCCGAGCUAAACAUUAAUGACCUGUGGAAGGUUUAUAAGUUUGACGCGAAAUGGUGCCAGUUGCGUCAGCGAAAGGAGAAUUUGCUCAAGCUAUUUGAGAAGAUGCGCAACUAUCAAUUAGAUGAAAUCAUGAAGAAUUCAGAUGCGCCAUUGCCAGAUAACGUGCGAGUGAUCAAAGACGACGACAUUGAGCGAUUGAAGAAUGUCCAGACAAGUGAAGAACUUAACGACGUCUAUAAUCAUUUCAUGCUGUAUUACAGCCACGAGAUCCCAGCGAUGCAGGAAGCCGUGCGACAGAAGGAGAAGCAGGCACGACGCGAAGAGAGAAUUCAGCGACGUAAACAGCAGAUUGCUGAGGCAGAAGAAAACGGAGAAGAUCCGCCGGAGGAAGAAGAGGCAAUAGAAGAAGAAGAAAUUGACGAAACGUUAAAGCAAGCCGUUAGGAGCGGCCCAUAUUCGAUCUGUCGGAAGGCCGGUUUAGAUGGUCUGGCGAAGAAGUUCGGGCUAACGCCCGAACAUUUUGCAGAAAAUCUUCGUGAUAAUUAUCAACGUCACGAGGUUGAUCAAGAGCCUAUUGAACCAACGACGAUUGCAAUUGAAUACUGUGGUUUACGAUUUAAAACCAUAGAAGAAGUGUUAAAAGCUGCCCAGCUGAUGGUAGCAAUUCAGUUGGCACGCGAGCCACUUGUACGUAAAUGCGUGCGCGAGAUGUACAUGGAACGCGCUAAAAUAUCCGUGAAGCCAACAAAGAAAGGCAUCAAAGAAAUUGACGAGAAUCAUCCGAUCUACACAAUGAAAUAUUUGAAGGAUAAGCCAGUACGUGAUCUCGUGGGCGUUCAGUUCUUAAAUUUGAUGAUCGCUGAAGAGGACAAACUCAUCACGAUCACACUUAGUGACUCCAUCGAGGGUAAUACCAGCAGCAAUUACGUCGAUGAAAUGAAACAGCUCUAUUGUCGAGACGAGUUCAGCAAACUCGUGCAAGACUGGAACGCUUUGCGCGUAGGUAGCGUCGAAAUCGCGCUUAAUCGCAUGGUAAUACCACAUCUUAAGAAGGAACUGCGAACUAAUCUGAUCGCUGAGGCAAAGGAGUGUGUAAUGCGCGCAUGUUGCCGCAAGAUGUACAACUGGAUCAAAGUUGCGCCAUACAAUUGUGAAUUUCCCGAAGAGGAGGAUGAAGAGUGGGAUACCAGUAAAGGCUUGCGUGUCAUGGGUUUGGCCUAUGUGCCAGACUAUUCGCAGGCAGCUUUCACUUGUCUAAUCGCGGCCGACGGCGAGUGCACCGAUUAUCUGCGCUUGCCACAUCUGAUGAAGCGCAAGAACAGUUUCCGCGAAGACGAGAAAACGAUGAAGGAAGCCGAUCUACUGGCAUUGAAAAACUUCAUAGCCACAAAGAAGCCACAUGUGGUCGUAGUGGCCGGCGAAUCCCGAGAAGCGAUGAUGAUCGCCGCCGAUAUCAAGGAGUGCAUUACUCAUUUGUCAGAGGAGGAGCAAUUUCCUAAUAUCCAGGUGGAAAUAUGCGACAACGAACUUGCAAAGAUUUAUUCCAAUAGUAACAAAGGUAUCUCGGAGUUCCGGGAUUACCCGGAGUUGUUACGCCAGGCUAUCUCGCUGGCAAGGAGGAUGCAGGAUCCGCUGGUGGAGUUCUCACAGUUAUGCACGGCCGACGAAGAGAUUCUCUGCCUCAAGUAUCACAAUUUGCAGGAUCAAUUGCCUAAGGAAGAGCUGCUAGAAAAUCUGUAUUUGGAGUUCGUCAAUCGCGUGAAUGAGGUUGGCGUAGACGUGAAUAAGGCAGUCCAACAAGCAUACUGUGGCAACCUUGUUCAAUUUGUUUGCGGCCUUGGCCCACGAAAGGGUCAAGCAUUGAUCAAGAUGCUGAAACAGACUAAUCAGCGGUUGGAGAACAGGACGCAAUUAGUUACCGCAUGUCAUAUGGGGCCGAAGGUAUUCAUUAAUUGCGCUGGCUUUAUCAAAAUCGACACCAACAGUUUGGGCGAUAGUACAGAGGCAUAUGUAGAAGUGCUUGAUGGUUCCCGCGUACAUCCCGAAACUUACGAAUGGGCCAGGAAGAUGGCAGUCGACGCUCUAGAGUAUGACGAUGAGGACGCCAAUCCCGCCGGCGCUUUGGAAGAAAUACUCGAGUCGCCAGAACGCCUCAAGGAUUUGGAUCUCGACGCUUUCGCGGAAGAACUUGAACGGCAGGGUUUCGGCAACAAAUGCGUUACUCUCUACGACAUUAGGGCCGAGUUGAAUAGCCGGUACAAGGAUCUUCGCGUGCCAUAUGAAUCGCCGAGCGCGGAAAAACUAUUCGAUGUUCUGACGAAGGAGACACCUGAGACCUUCUACGUCGGCAAGUUAGUGUUGGCUACUGUGAUCGGCAUCAGUCAUCGAAAGCCACAGGGUGAUCAGCUUGAUCAAGCGAAUCCGGUGCGGAAUGAAGAGACCGGUCUAUGGCAGUGUCCGUUCUGUCUGAAGAAUGAUUUUCCUGAAUUGUCGGAGGUGUGGAAUCACUUUGACGCUGGCGCUUGUCCAGGCAAGGCUACAGGCGUAAGAUUGCGACUGGACAAUGGUAUCUCCGGUUAUAUUCACAUAAAAAACUUGUCGGAUCGGCACGUCGCAAAUCCUUGCGAAAGAGUCGGCAUGGGACAGAUUAUUCAUUGCCGAAUUAUUAAAAUUGAGGUAGACCGAUUCAGUGUCGAAUGUACCAGCAAGAGCAGUGAUCUUGCUGACAAGAAUCACGAAUGGAGACCGCAACGAGAUCCAUUUUAUGAUACCGAAACAGAACAAAAGGAUAUAAAAGUUGAAGAAGACGCCAAAAAGGCAAAACAGCGUCAAAUUUACGUGAAACGCGUAAUAAUACAUCCUGCCUUUCAUAAUAUCAGUUUCGCUGAGACUGUAAAACUAAUGCAGACAAUGAAGCAGGGCGAAGCAAUAGUAAGACCUAGCAGCAAAGGCGCCGAUCACUUGACAGUCACGUGGAAAGUCACCGAUGAUAUUCUACAGCAUAUUGAUGUUCGCGAGGAGGGUAAAGAGAACGCCUUCUCGUUGGGCCAAAGUUUAUGGAUCGGGAACGAAGAGUUCGAGGAUCUUGACGAGAUUAUCGCUCGUCAUGUCAAUCCGAUGGCCGCGUAUGCUUCGGAAUUGGUAGAUUUUAAGUAUUAUAAAUCUGCUGUGGAUGGGAUAAAAGAUAGAGCGGAAGAUCUUUUAAAGGAACAAAAGAAAGAAAAUCCCAAUGGAAUUCCUUAUAUAAUAUCAGCAGCAAAGACUUAUCCUGGAAAAUUUUUACUUUCGUAUCUGCCGCGUACGCGUUGCCGUCACGAGUAUAUCACAGUAACAUCUGAGGGCUUUAGAUUUCGAGCUCAGAUGUUCGGUAGGGUAAGCGACUUAUUGCGCUGGUUCAAGGAACACUUUAGGGAUCCCGUUCCUGGACAAUCCACUCCUAGUACACCGCGUGGCGCAAUGACUUCUAGGACACCUUACACUACUACGCCAGGAACAGUCAGCGGAAUGAAUCCAGAAACAAUACAACGAGUUGCACAGAAUCUUCCGCAUCACAUGCUGCACUCACUGUCGCAAGUGGCGAAUCAAACGCCGCAUCACUAUCCGCCACACACACCUGGAGCAGCUAGCACUACCGGCUACGGUGGAGUGCAUACGUAUCCCAAUACUCCGUAUACGCCGUCUGGUCAAACUCCAUUUAUGACCCCAUAUCAAACUCCUCAUCACACGCCGCAUCACGGCCAGCCAACUCCUAGAUAUGGCCAACAAACUCCUAGCCACCAUCAAGGACCCUUCGUGCAUCCACCGCCACCCUCAAUGACGCCCGGUCAUCACAGAUCUGCUCAAUCGCACAGACCUACACCACCUCCUUCUGGUGAUCCAACAGAUUGGAAGAAAGCCGCCGAAGCGUGGGCACGUUUAAAAAGCGGUCCUCGAGUCUCUGGAUCGACACCUAGAUACGACGAGUCCAGGAAAACUCCACGUAACUAUGAUGAGUCUGUUGGCAGAACGACACCUUCUGGAAGGAGCAGACCUUCUACGCGUACUCCGUCAUACAAAUCUCCGCGGGGCACUCCACACACGAAUUCUAGUCCACGGAGCAUGUCCCUCAGUGGAGAUGGUACUCCCUUAUACGAUGAAAGCUAACGGGAUUGUGCAUAGCUGACUAGAUUUAUUAGUUAUACCAUAUCAUGCUAUGUAUGAAUAGUAAGUGUGCGUGCCAUCGACGAUUGACAAUCUGCCCGUAAUGUCGUCGAUUGCUCGCGUCAAAUCGAUUAUUGAUUGUUGCAGAUAAGCAACACGCGUAGUGAAUUCCUCCACUUUCUUGCUCGCGAGGUUUCGUUUGCGAUCGAGAGAGGGAAUAUCGAUUGUACUAUUGUGAACUACAGUGUUAUACUGUAAUUUAUUUAUUUUGUAAUUUCGUGGACUUCUUCCUAUGUACAUAUAAUAAAAUCUAUGAAAACUGUACGAAGGCCUCGCAAACACGUUCUACAAUCUUAAUUAAUCUUCCCGCACAUUGAUGACAUCAGUGAAAAGUAAUUCAUUAGAAUUAUUUGUAUAAUUUUCAAAAAGUUUUUAUUUAUUAGUUUUAUUUAUCAGUUAUAACACAAAGACAUUAAGUACAAGAGUUAACUUAGAGUCAGAAUUUUUUACAGAUAUCAUUAAUAAAAUAGCAUUGAAAAAUGAUUGUAACCAAAUUAUUGCUCAAAGAUAUAUUUUAUGCUUUUAUUGGUGUCAUUCAUUACGUUUACAAUAUAGAGAAUUGAUUGAUCCAAUUGCUUAUCAUAUCAGUAGCGAUACAACCUCUCUUAGAUGUGCGUCAUUAUUUAUAUACAGACUUCUAUACAUAAAUACCUAGACUGCGAUCUUUGAAAAAUAAAAAUAAAUCAAAUUAUUUUAAGAUAGAUGGUGCAGCCGAUUUUAAUAAGUUGCAAAUUCACUAAUACUAUAUAUCGUAGUAUAUUAUAUAUAUAAAUUCAUGAAAUAAAUGACCGAAAAACUUAUAUCAGAUUAAUUCAACUGUAGCAAUCUAGGUAUUCUAUAGAAAUCUAUACAUUAUAUAUAUUCUAAGUCUAUAUAGAGCAUUUCUGCAGAAUAUUUAAAUUAUUCAAUUGUCAUAUUUACUUGAAGUUGUUAAAUAGUUUACAUCUAAUUAAUAUCUUACUUAAAUUUUCACAUAUAAAAAUGAAAACAAAGAUAACUCUUUUAUAUUUAUAUCGACUGAUUUUUAUUUAGGUAUGCAUCAAUGCUUUAUAUUUCUUAUAUAACUUGACUUGGAACAAAUGAUACUUCGUACAUACAAUUUAUACAGUUGUUAAAUGAUAAUAUGAAAAUUAAACAUGAAAGCAAUA